AUGUCCUCACCCACUGGGAAUAUCAAUGGGACUAGCUCACCGAACCAAGACCAUCAUUAUAUACCCUCAUACACUGGCCAGCAUGAGAAUCAUACCUGCACUCCUGCACCUCCGAUGGCUCGACGGACUCCUGACCAUGUUUACAACCCUCAGGCUGUUUAUCACCGAGGACAUCUUCCUGGCCCCACCUAUGCAGAUGUCGUUCAAGGACGAUCUGGCAACCAAGUUCCUGAUGGGUACUUUCCUGCUCCCACUCCUCAAUUGGAACAUCUUCUUCCUGUCAAACGGACUCAUGAAGAUGAUGAUGCCGGUGACAAACAACCUGCAAAGAAGCCUAUGGCCGCGAAAAAACCUUCUGAUGCCAUAAAACCAAAGAAGGUGAUACCGAGACCUUUACCGAAAACUGUCAAGAAGCCAAAGAUAGUUAAUGAUGAUGGUGAUGGUGAGGCAGAAGAUGAGCAUGGUUCCCGGGAGAAAAAGAAGACAGGAGGACGCACAGUGGGAUCUACUGAGUACAGUACUACCGAGCUAUCUGGAAUGGUGAGGCUUGUCUUGAAGUAUCUUCCCAUGGGAAAGAAAGGUUGGGAGCGUGUCGUGAAUGAGUAUAAUAAAUGGGCAUCAACCAAUAGAUACCCCCCACAACAGUAUAAGCCAUUUCAAACACAAUGGAACAGACCAACUGGAGAUGCCGACAGACUCGAGAUGUAUGAACAAGUUCUUGAGGCAGAGGCUGAAAUUGCUCAGCACGUAAGUCUUGGAAGUCUGCAAGACAAUGAAAAUGUUAUCAGCAUAUCUUUGGAGGAAGAUGACGAUGACGACAAUGAAGACUUGGUAAUAAACAAGGGGAAGGGAAAGGUACGGGGCAGUGAAGGAACUGUGUUGACAAAGGCCUACAAAGUUGAAGCUCCACUGAAUGAUGCACCUCGUACCCACAUGUCACAUCAAAGCCAGGCCAAUGAUCUUCUGGGAGGCAUCUCUGCCUCGCUCAACCCUCAAAAUCUUCAGCAGCGUGACGUGAACCAUGCAUCCAUGAACUUACAGAUGAUGCAGAUGCAGCACAUGCAGACACAGCUCAACAAUCUCCAGCAGUGCCUUGAUACAGCAACCCGAGAAGCUAUGGAGGCACAGUCUGUUGAUAUCUAA